CGGUAUAACUGCUCGCGCUACAGUCAAUCACGAGACCUUGACAUGGACGAAUUCAGCAGAGAUCCCUGUCCGUUUCGUAUCGUCAGUGAUUGUGGAGCUGCAUUUGCUAUGGGUACUAUCGGUGGUAGUGUUUUACAUUUUUACAGAGGUUAUCGUAACGCCCCUUCGGGUUAUACAAAAAAACUAGUAAGCGCAAUGGUUAACAGUCGUCAACGUGCACCAAUCACGGGUGGGGGGUUCGCUAUAUGGGGUGGAGUGUUUACAGCUGUCGAUUGCUCUUUAGUUCUUGCUCGUCAGAAAGAGGAUCCGUGGAAUUCGAUCACUAGUGGAGCUAUAACCGGAGCCGCUCUGGCUGUUCGUCAUGGUCCAACAGCUAUGGUCGGUCAAGCAUUUGUUGGUGGUGUUAUAUUGGCAAUUAUCGAGGGGCUUGGAAUCAUGAUAAAUAGAUUCGCUCCUAUGCUAAUGCAAGCUCCGCCAGACGCUGUACCAAAUCCACAAAACGAUCAGUCAUCAAGUCCAGGAAGCUCGUCUGGUAGUGGUGGGAGUGGGUUUUACGACUUUUUUGGUUCCACACAUUCAUCUUCAGAGGCAACUGCUGCAGAAUCUGCUAGUACAGUAUCACCGAAAUCUGGAUUUAUAUUUCAAUAGCUCUACCACUUUGUUGUAUAAUUCAAUAGUGGAUUUUGUUUACUGUCUUCCAUUCAUGCUUGUGUAUAUAAAAAUAAACACGUUAGUACAUUAUUCAAUAAUAGCGACAACAAUAGGGAUCCUCGUAGUUCAUCAGCAUUCCCAUCUAUAUUCAUUCUGCUUUUAUUAGUAAUGUUUUUUGCUUUUUAAUUGUUACUUCAUAUUAGUUAUGUAAAAAGAAAGUUAACUCUUAUGACAGUGUACACAUUGAUCUACUUCACUGUUGUUUAAAAACAUUUUCAGAGUGUUUAAAUACUUCUAUUGUCAACUUCAUCCUACUUCUGUCAACUUUGCCUUGUCUGUAGACUAAUCUGUCUUUAUAUAAGUACAUUGAUAUUAAAGUCUGUAUCAUGUUUAUUGUUAUUUCUUCUCAAGUUGGUUGAUUACUUCUGUUUUUCGUCAUUUCCCCCCAUCCUUGUGUCCGUGCACAUUCUUUAAUCUAUUACUUUAUUCGUUUUAUUCUCGUCUUUGUUUCUCCCACAAGGUAGUAAUCUAUCUCUGAGCUUUCGCAUAUGAUAGUAAAAUUCAAAUAUAGUCUUAAAGAUACCAUCUCUUCAGUUUACAUUUAUAGAUCAACUUGUUGCUUAGUUUUCUUUUCUAUUUUUAGGAAUUCAUUGAAUGAUACCUGCAACGAACAGUUUGUGUAUUAUUGUUGAUAUUUUACACAUUAGUAACAUUUUUGUAGUCUAUUUGAAGCUGUAUGAUAACGGGCUUCCUAAAUGGAUAAUUUGCACUAAUCUAGAAAGUUUAUUUGCCUGAAAUAACUACGAUAUUGAUGUAAAUUUCUAGUGGUCCCGGUUACUAGAUUUUUUGAGCGUUAAUGAGUAUAAAUAAUUUUACGAAGUAUGAUUAAAAACAUGGUUUAGAGCUGUUUUGUUUCAGUUAAGUAUUUUUUAGUCUCAAUUUUAAGGUGAAUAUUUGUUUUUAGCUGGGUAAUACACGCAUCCAUAAUACUACUACCACUACUACUAUAUGAAAUGAUUCCAAAUGUUAAAAUAAUCGAACUUCGUGAUGACCCGGUUGUUAUUACACAAAGUAACAUAUUAACCUAACGAAUGAAUGCAGCGCAAAUGCUCUUCACCGGAUCAUACACCAUAAUCUCAAUAACUUUUGACUCACCUCCCAAUUAUUGAAAAGACAAAAGAAUUAUAGUUUCAUUCUCUGCUUCAACCGACUGUGAUACAUGGAGUGCUUGUACGUGUACGCCUUUUGAGUGCACUUGAGAAUUCACCAUUUAGGGUGCAUGUUUUACGGCACCUGACUUGAUAGUACACAUGCUUUUUGAAAUCGAAAUGGCUAUUUACCAAUGCUAUAACAGUUGCUUUUCACUUAAUGUGUUGAUUAAAUAAAACAUUAACUCUAAUUGACAGCAUGGUAUUUGGAUCACUGCGUCCCGAAAUUGAAUACGCGUCAUUCAGUUCUUGAUACUGUUGUUUUUACCAUCACAACGUUAAAUAGUAGGUUUUAGUUUGAAAUAUGAAUUGAAGAGUUUACAUAUUUUAAUACAUCUGUAUAGAUCCUUAUCAGUUACUAUUUGUUCACUAUCAAUCUCAUUUGGUUGGUAUCUACUACAGAGCUUUCUGGGUGGUGGAAAGGUAUAUAUAUAUAUAUGAAAAUAAUAAUUAUAAAAUAUGGAAUAUGCAUUUCGUAUGCAGACUCCAAGUGUCGUAUCACAGAU